GCGCGCCCCCGUGGGCCCCGGCGCGAGAAGAGUCGGCGGCCGGAGCCGUCACCCCGGGCGGGGACCCUGCGCAGGCGACUCUGCGCGGCGGCCCGGCCGAGGGAGGGAGCGAGCGAGCGGGCGAGCGGGAGGCAGCUGCCGGCGCCCGAAGGGCCGAAAGAGGAGCAGAAAAAUGAGCAGUUUGUGAUGUCUGUGACUGUGAACAUGGCUGUGUGGAUCCAAGCCCAGCAGCUGCAGGGGGAUGCCCUUCACCAGAUGCAAGCACUGUACGGCCAGCAUUUCCCUAUUGAGGUGCGCCAUUACUUAUCCCAAUGGAUUGAAAGCCAAGCUUGGGACUCAAUAGAUCUUGAUAAUCCACAGGAGAACAUUAAGGCCACCCAGCUCCUGGAGGGCCUGGUGCAGGAGCUGCAGAAGAAGGCGGAGCACCAAGUGGGGGAAGAUGGGUUCUUACUGAAGAUCAAGCUGGGGCACUAUGCCACGCAGCUCCAGAACACGUAUGACCGCUGCCCCAUGGAGCUGGUCCGCUGCAUCCGGCACAUUCUGUACAAUGAGCAGAGGCUGGUCCGGGAAGCCAACAAUGGUACCUCUCCACUUGGAAGCCUUGCUGACACCCUGUCCCAGAAACAACUUCAGAUCAACCAGACUUUUGAGGAGCUGCGACUGGUCACGCAGGACACAGAGAAUGAACUGAAGAAGUUGCAGCAGACUCAAGAGUACUUCAUCAUCCAGUAUCAGGAGAGCCUGAGGAUCCAGGGUGAGGACGGGAGUGAGGACUAGAAAAAAGCUCAAGUCCAACUGGGAGAGAACCAGUCACCUUUCUCUGGAGUAACAGGGGAUCAUUUGCAUUGAAGACAGUGCUGGGAGGCUGAGGCUUAGCAGGGGGAGAAUGUAAACC